AUGGGGACUGCAAAGAUACUCGUGGUUGGAAGUAUUCAGGGCAACUUCAAGAAGGCAUUCGACAAGAUUUCAAAGCUCCAAGCAAAACAAAAAUUCGAUUUAGCUAUCAUUGUCGGUGAUGUCUUUGCUCCGACUUCUGAUGACAGCACAACAGAAAACCUACAGGCGCUGCUCACUGGUCAAAUUCAAAUCCCACUUCCGACGUACUUCACAACAGGGGAUGUAGCUUUGCCAGACGUGGUGAAAGCCAAACUCGAACAUGAUGAAGACGUCUGCCCGAAUCUACUCUAUCUAGGACGCAAAGGGACUACGAAAACGACCGAAGAUGUGAAAAUUGUGGCACUCGGAGGCCGUCAAGUCCAGAACGAAGCUUCAGUCACCGAGAAGUUAGGAUCAUGCGACUCGCAAUUUCUCAAUAAUGAUGCACGUGGUCUUCAUGGUGCCCAUGAUGCUCACAUUCUCAUCACUAACCAGUGGCCGGCGAAUAUCACGAACGGAUCGAAAAUUGACGUGCCUUCGGCAUUGGCCGAGAUCGUCGGUGCACAGUCAAUCUCCAAUCUCUGUGAAGCUUUGAAGCCCUGGUAUCAUUUCUCAAGUAGCCCUGAGGCGGUGUGGGAAAGGGAACCAUUCAAACAUGUCGUUGAGUACGACUCCCUUCAGCAAGGGACAGUGACCAGGUUCAAAAGCCUCCCAAGUGUCACCGCGCCUACUAAAGAGUGGAUGACAGCUUUCUCCUUGGAUACUUCAAAGCCCCCGACAACCGUUGCACCCCCAACUAUAUCGCCAUUCAGUCGUGCAUCGCCUCCACGUAAACGACCAGCAGAGGACGGACAAGCAUAUGAAAGAUACUCUGGUGGCGGGCGUCGGCAAAAGCGAGCUCGCAACGAGCGCUUUGAUCCCAAUGACUGCUUCAUGUGUCUCAACAAACCCGAGUUCAAGACUCACCUUGUCAUCUCGAUUGGCGAGGAGAGUAUAGUCACAGCUUCACGUGGUCCGCUAAGCACAAUGGCUACGUUUCCCCAACUUUCAUCCUCUGGUCAUGUCAUGAUAAUCCCACAUUAUCAUGCUGCAGAUGAGGCCGCACAAGGUAAACGAACGGUUGAAGAAGUUGCUGCCGAGUUCAUGGAGAUGAGCAAAUUCCGAGUCGCGCUCAACAAGAUGGUGGGAAGUAAGAGUUCAGGACAGCUGGGCACGGUUUGCUGGGAGGUCAACCGAACGGGGAUCCGCCAUCAUCACUGGUCUUUGAUACCCUGUCAAGCCGAGCAAAUCAAAAAAGGACUGGUCGAAGCCGCGUUCAAGGUAUCAAGAGAACAACAAAAGUAUCCCGCUUUUGAACCUUGCGACCCAGAGUCUCAGCUUCCCAUCAAAUCAGACUACUUCCGAUUGUGGACAUGGGCUUCUGAUCCUGUCGAGAUGGCAGAUCAAACAAACGGCAACGGCAAUGGGGAUGUUGCGUUGGGAAAAGCGCACUCAAUGUAUUUCCCAUUGCCCGAGGACACAAGAUUCAAUAUCUGGUUUGGCAGAGAGGUGAUGGCGGGAUUGCUCCAGCUUGAAAAUCGACUCAACUGGCGAGACGCACUACUCAGAAAGGAUGGAAGUGAACAAGCGGCUGAAGAAGAAGAUGCACAAGGUUUGCGGGAUGAUUUCGAAGAAUUUGAUUUCGCCAUGAAUUGA